CGCUGCAUCCGUCGACAGGUAAAGCGUUAGAGAGUAACGCGUUCCUGAGUCCGCGCUGGGGCGGCAUCGCAAUCUACAACGUGCCUGACGCGCCCGAAUCCUCGCCGGUGCCCCGCGAGGUCACCCUCCAGAUGGCGCCCAUCGUUAACGUCUUUCGUCACCAGCUGGCGCUGCUGCUGGGGAUCGAACCAACGAAGGAAGGAGUACUGCCGAAUGUUGGGAGGAGCCCACCAGAUGGCAGCAGGAUCACACACUGGGAGAUCGACGUGCUGCUGAGACAGAGGGCCGCUGAGAACCUGGUCACGGCUACGAACACGCUGCAGUCCCUCGCGCAGCUGCUGGAAGAGAUCGGCAACAUUGUCAUCCGGGACGACAUCGCGGAACAGGUGCGAGCUCGCCGCGACACAUGCGCGCAGCAUUUCGCUCUGGUAUUUGCGCACACGAAUGCUAGCGCGCGUCGUGCGUGUACAUACGGUGGCGUUGUGACUGGUAGAUGUUAUGGGGUAGGUACCUCAUGCCAUGGCAUUGCCAAAAACCAAGCGGUUCAUCGGCUGUGUAUCGCCAAGCAUAGCAUCUGUUCGUGA